AUGCAGUACGUGCGGAGUAUCAGUGGCUCCGUCUCGAAGACAUGGAACUCCAUCAAUCCAGCCACUCUAAGCGGAGCCAUUGAUGUGAUUGUGAUCGAACAAGAAGAUGGGACUCUUGCCUGUUCGCCGUUCCAUGUUCGAUUUGGGAAGUUUUCCCUCCUCCGCCCCUAUGAGAAGAAGGUUGAAUUCACGGUCAAUGGGGAGAAGCAACCAUAUUCCAUGAAACUGGGUGAAGGGGGAGAAGCGUUCUUCGUAUUCGAAACAUCAGAUGAUAUUCCGGAUUCACUACAGACAUCACCAGUGGUAUCGCCAACGGGUAGCCCGAGGUCUCAGAGUGAGAGCGAAUUAUCGAGCUCACUUCAAGAACCGGAUUAUCUGGACCUGGAUGUCUCACCUAACGCAAGCGAAUCGAAGCCUGCGGACAUUCCCCUGUCGAGAAAUCUCCGGGCCUCGACUGAUCUGGGGACAAUCACACCCCUGUCACGGUCAUUCGAUACGCCCGAACUCGGCAUGUCCCAUCUUGGUCCGCUCGGAUUGGGAUCGGGAAAGCUUAACCGUUCGGACUCAGAGCCUCCUUUGGGUGAUGACUUUGAAGUGCGUUCAGAAAGUUCCCAUCUAUCGGAGACCGAUCCAGUCCGUAUCGCACGUUCCCAAAGCCCGCCCCCACCAACAGCAGAAGAAGCUAUGUCGCGCGCAAUUUCCUUAUCGAAGAAACUAUCGGGGUCAAACAUUCCAUCGCACGUCACGGAUACUGGUGAUCUUAUGCUCGAUAUGACUGGCUAUAAGAGCAACGACGAGGACGCUUUGCGCGCGGAAGUUAUUGCGCGCAAAAUCCUAUCUGAAGAACUGGAGGGCUGCUACGAUAUUGGAUCUCUGAUUGGUGCUGAUGAACAUGGGAAUUUAUGGAUCUACAGCAGCGAGGAGGCAAAAGAGGCGGCCAACCGUCGAGCAACCUUCAACGCGAUGAGGCCCAAUUCUGCUAUGAGCGAGAAUGCUGUCACGGAUUCCGGGUAUCACAGUGAUGGUGAUCAGCAUAUUCCCGAGUCGUUACUCACGCGGCAUACUCGUGCCAAAUCCGAUGUUCAACCCGAAGUACCUUCUGCAUUAACGCAGGAUGCUUUGGGAGAAGCCAGCCGCAACUAUGCCAAGACCCUCCGUCUGACGAGCGAUCAACUCAAAGCAUUGAACCUGAAGCCAGGCCCCAAUCCCAUGUCGUUUAGUGUCAACAAGGCUACUUGCACCGCAACCAUGUAUCUGUGGAGUGGAAACACGCCAAUUGUGAUUUCAGAUAUCGAUGGGACCAUUACCAAGUCUGAUGCUUUGGGCCAUGUCCUGAACAUGAUUGGCCGUGAUUGGACGCAUGCCGGUGUGGCUAAGUUAUACACAGAUAUCGUCAACAAUGGAUACAAUAUCAUGUACCUUACCAGUCGAUCUGUCGGUCAGGCUGAUACCACACGAGCAUAUAUUUAUGGAGUCAACCAGGACGGAUAUCGAUUGCCUAAGGGCCCUACCAUCAUGAGUCCUGACCGGACACUUGCCGCUUUACGACGUGAGGUUUACCUGAGGAAGCCAGAAGUGUUCAAGAUGGCAUGCCUGCGGGAUAUCCUUGGCCUUUUCAAUGGGAAAGAGAAUCCAUUCUAUGCAGGAUUCGGCAACCGACUCACGGAUGCCUUGAGUUAUCGGUCUGUGAACAUUCCAUCGAGUCGGAUUUUCACAAUCAACUCGAAUGCAGAAGUGUCUCUGGACCUUCUCAGUCUCAAUCAGUACAAAAGUAGCUACGUUACAAUGCGUGAGCUAUUAGAUCAUUUCUUUCCACCAGUUAGUCUUCUUGUACAGGCCGGAGGUGAAGAUUUCACCGACUUCACAUACUGGAGAGACUUGCCACCAGACCUCGAAGACUUCUCCAGCACAGAUAGCGAAGAUGAGGAUCAAGAUGAAGAACAGGAGGAAGAUGAGGAAGAGCAGGAGGAAGAAAUGGACGAAGAAGAAGAGGAUGAAGAGGCAGAUGAAGAAGACGAAGGCGAUGACUACGAGCUCAGUGGUGAUGAAGAAAGUGAGGUGUUUGACGACGACGAGCCUGUCGAGGAAGAUCUCGGUGGCAGCUACGUUUCUCAAGCCUCGGCCAACCAGCAUCCUCCGGAUCCGAGUAUCGACGGACAAAGUGUUGCUUUAGAAGAGAAUCAAGGGAUCGAGGGGGACGACGAAGUUGAGCCACCUGAGGCGACUCCAAAGCUCGUGAAAUCGACAACAUUGACCGAUCCUCCUCCUCCUCCUUCGAGGUGA